AUGGCAAUCACUCUGCGACCAGCAACAGUUGGAACAGAUGACGAUGCAGCCAUCGAUAUAGCAAUUAAAAACUGGCUACUAACGCCUAAACUUGUGUCGGCAGAGCGGUUACUGCCAGAACCACUCAUGAAGACCAGAAGAUCCCGCCAAAAUCAAGCAGCACUCAAUCCAGGGUCAUGGCUGUUUCUGGUAGCAGUCGAUGAAGAGGGUAAAGUUGUUGGCCACUUGGAUGGAGGACCUGCACAGGCCCAUGAUGAUGAACUAAAAGAUCUUGGGAUGGAUCUGGACAAUACUGUUGAGCUCUUGACGAUACAUGUUCAUCCAGACUACAAUCGCAUGGGUAUUGGCAGCAUGCUGACCGAUGCCUUUUUUGACUGGGUUCCAACUGGUAUGGCUGCUCGAAGACUACACAAGCGACUGACAGCCAAUGCCGAGACUCCAGAAAUGCUGGUUCAAGACCAUCCGUCUACUUGCGAGGUAAUUAUCUGGACAUGGAAACAUAAUACAAAGUCGAUUCCGUUCUAUACUAAGCGAGGCGGUCAUCUGUUUCUGCACUCCAAGUUGUUCUAUCUAGGAACAGACGUUGAAGUUAUUUGUUUUAAAUGGACAGUUCCUGUCUGA